UCGCAUCGGAAGCCUUUGACGCAGGGACGAGGAAGAAGUCUGUACACGGAAGUCAUCCAGGAUCUUACAUGCAUGCAUUUGUUUUACCUUUGUAGACUCUAAGGACAAGUUUACUUUUCCUGCCGAUGAUAAAACGUGCUGCGAUGCUCCUGAAUGAUGAGGCAGCCGGGGUGAAAACCCGAAGAGGAUAAUGUGCACUGAUCAGCGGACGGUCAGGAUCCACAGCGGGUCAAUGGACGCCAGGACUUGAUGUGGAGCUGUUUUGACAGCUGGAUUGAGCCCCCAGUACCUGGUCUGUGUGCCUGGAAGAGAGAGAGACGAUCAGGACAGAAAACUGUGGAGUUUAAUCCUUUAAAGUGCUUUACUUUAUGUAGAGGAGCGGAUAUAUAUACGUCGGUGAAGUUAUUUUACAGUGCCACAGAAGGAGGGGCAGAAAGCCUCUCAUCGACCAGUGGUCAUGGCCUCAUCUCGACUUAAGUACCUCUCUCUGGGCGUGCUGGUGUUCCAGACCACCUCCCUGGUGCUCACCAUGCGCUACUCCCGCACCCUGCAGGCCGAGGGCCCGCGGUACCUGGCCUCUUCCGCCGUGGUUGUGGCCGAGGUCAUGAAGAUCCUCACGUGUGUGCUGCUCGUCUACAAGGAGCACAAGUACAGCAUGCGAGCUCUGAAUAGCAUCCUGCGUCAGGAAAUUGCACAUAAACCCAUAGAAACACUGAAGCUAGCCAUCCCCUCUGGGAUCUACACACUGCAGAACAACCUGCUGUACGUCGCCCUGUCAAACCUGGACGCAGCCACCUACCAGGUGACAUACCAGCUGAAGAUCCUGACCACAGCGCUGUUCUCCGUGUCCAUGCUGGGUCGCAGACUUGGCAUCUAUCAGUGGCUCUCAUUGUUAAUUCUUAUGGCUGGAGUGGCUCUUGUGCAGUGGCCCUCAGACUCUGCAGCGGCCCCAGAGAAGGAGGCCCCCUCUGCAGGCUCCCAGUUUGUUGGUGUGGCAGCUGUGCUGGUGGCGUGCUUCUCCAGUGGGUUUGCAGGUGUCUACUUUGAGAAGAUCCUCAAAGAGAGCAAACAGAGCGUCUGGGUUCGAAACAUCCAGCUAGGAAUGUUUGGUCUGGUGUUUGGUCUCUUUGGAAUGCUGGCAUAUGAUGGAGAGAGAGUGAGGGAGUCCGGAAUGUUCCAGGGAUACAACACAGUCACCUGGACUGUCGUAGCUCUGCAGGCACUGGGGGGUCUGGUCAUUGCAGCGGUCAUCAAGUAUGCAGACAACAUCCUCAAGGGCUUUGCUACAUCGCUCUCCAUCAUCCUGUCAACGCUGAUAUCGUACUUCUUGCUUCAGGACUUCGACCCUUCAGGUGUGUUCUUCAUGGGGGCCAUUUUGGUCAUAGUGGCCACUUUUCUUUAUGGAUAUGAAGGCAAGCCCUCCCCCAACCCCAGCAGGGCGUAGGACACUCACGGCUGACACUACAGCAGCAGGAGGAGGUCCUGUGGAAGCGUCAAGAUGUAGAGGGGGGAAAGGAGGACAGAGAGCCGGAGAGAAAGAAGGGGAAAGGUCUUUAUCAUAUAUUGUGAUCACAAACAGGAACAGAGAGGAGGGGAGUAGGAGGAGAGGAGGUAAGCACACUGUAACGGAGGACAAGCAGAGUGAAAAGAAGGUUAAGAAAAUAAGCAAGCAUAAUGCUGUGAUCGGUUUCACACACCUAAAGUGCCUCCGCUGAGAAGGAUAACCAAUGAGAGAAGAAAACUGUGGCCAAACAUGA